AUGGAGCCGCUCAACAAAACAGGGGUGUCCGAGUUCUUUCUGAAAGGAUUUUCUGGCUACCCCUUCCUGGAGCACCUGCUUUUCCUUCUGUGCUCAGCCAUGUACCUGGUGACCCUGCUGGGGAACACAGCCAUUGUGGCGGUAAGUGUGCUAGAUGUUCACCUGCACAUACCCAUGUACUUCCUCCUGGGCAACCUCUCCACCCUGGACAUCUGCUACACGUCCACCUUUGUGCCCCUGAUGCUGGCCCUCCUGUCAUCCCGGAAGACCAUCUCCUUUACUGGCUGUGCCAUCCAGAUGUGUCUGAGCCUGUCCACGGAAUGCCUGCUGCUGGCCAUCAUGGCCUACAACCGCUACCUGGCCAUCUGCCAGCCACUCAGGUACCACAUGCUCAUAAGCCACCGGCUCUGUGUGCUGCUGGUGGGAGCUGCCUGGGUCCUCUGCCUCCUCAAGUCGGUGACUGAGACAGUCAUUGCCAUGAGGCUGCCCUUCUGUGGCCACCAUGUGGUCAGUCACUUCACCUGCGAGAUCCUGGCAGUGCUGAAGCUGGCGUGCAGCAACAUGUCAGUCAGCGAAGACUUCCUGCUGGCUGGCUCCAUCCUGCUGCUGCCUGUGCCCCUGGCAUUCAUCUGCCUGUCCUACUUGCUCAUCCUGGCCACCAUCCUGAGAGUGCCCUCAGCCGCCGGGUGCCGCAAAGCCUUCUCCACCUGCUCAGCACAUCUGACUGUGGUGCUGAUUUUCUAUGGCACCAUCAUCUUCAUGUACAUGAAGCCCAAGAGCAAGGAAGCCCAUAUCUCUGAUGAGGUCUUCACAGUCCUCUAUGCCAUGGUCACACCCAUGCUGAACCCCAUCAUCUACAGCCUGAGGAACAAGGAAAUGAAGGAGGCUGCCAAGAAGGUGUGGGGCAGGAGGCGGGCCUCCGGGUGA